AUGGCGAGAACUCGAACUACAAUUGCUGCAACUCAAUUGACAAAGCCGGAAUCUUCAACGAAACAUCAAGCACGUGCUCAGUCAGCGGCAGCUUCUGUGAAACACGAAUCUUUCAUGAAUGGCUCGACUUCAGUUUACAUUGAACAAAUGUACGCGGCUGGCAAGAAGACCCAAAUUCGGUUCAUAAGUCGUGGGAUGCUCCAAUCAAUCUCCGAUCAUUUGAAGAUUCAACUCUUGAUCCGUUCCUAUCAGAUGCGUGGACACAAUGUUGCCGACCUCGAUCCACUUGGAAUUAACAGCGCUGACCUUGACGAUACUGUUCCACCCGAAUUGGAGCUUUCCUUCUACGGGUUGAAUGAAAACGAUCUUGAAAGAGACUUUGUGCUCCCGCCUUCAACCUACAUUGGAGGAUCGCAAACGAGCAUGAAACUCAAGGACAUCAUUGACCGAUUAAAGGACAUUUACUGUCUCCGAACUGGUGUAGAAUAUAUGCACUUGACGAAUUACGAACAACAAGACUGGAUCCGACGUCGUUUCGAAGCUCCACGAGUUACUGAACUUUCACGAGAUCAGAAAAAGGUUCUCUUCAAACGGCUUAUUCGAUCAACGAAAUUCGAGGAGUUCUUAGCGAAGAAAUGGCCUAGUGAGAAACGAUUCGGACUCGAGGGUUGCGAAGUGUUGAUCCCGGCCAUCAAACAAGUGAUUGAUUCUUCAUCUUCUCUUGGCGUCGACUCAUUCGUCAUUGGAAUGCCACAUAGAGGUCGUUUGAAUGUGCUCGCCAAUGUUUGCAGACAACCACUUGCCACCAUCUUGUCUCAAUUUGCAACUCUUGAACCAGCUGAUGAGGGUCUGAAGAAUAUCAAGAUCGCAGUUGUGGCAAAUCCAUCUCACUUGGAGGCUGUGGAUCCUGUUGUUUUGGGCAAAGUUCGUGCCGAAGCCUUCUACUCUGGGGACCACAAAUGCGAUCGUGCAAUGGCGAUCAUGUUGCACGGAGAUGCCGCCUUUGCAGGCCAAGGAGUCGUAUUGGAGACAUUUAACUUGGACGAUUUGCCAUCUUACACAACAAGUGGCUGCAUUCACAUUGUAGUCAACAAUCAAAUUGGAUUCACCACCGAUCCUCGAUCAUCUCGUUCAUCACCUUAUUGUACCGAUGUUGGUCGUGUUGUUGGAUGUCCGAUCUUCCACGUUAAUGCCGAUGAUCCAGAGGCUGUUAUGCACGUGUGUAACGUAGCUUCUGAUUGGCGUAAGACAUUCAAGAAGGAUGUUAUUAUCGAUUUGGUCUGCUAUCGAAAAUACGGGCACAACGAGUUGGACGAGCCGAUGUUCACCCAGCCUCUCAUGUAUCAAAAGAUCAAGAAACAUAAGCCGGUUUUGGAACUCUACCAACAGAAAAUUCUGAAAGAAAGCGUCGCUGAUGAGCAAUAUGUCAAGGACGAAUUAACCAAGUACGGACAAAUUCUUGAGGAUGCAUAUGAAAACGCUCAAAAGGUGACCUUUGUCAGAAACCGUGAUUGGUUGGACUCGCCAUGGGAUGAUUUCUUCAAGAAGAGGGAUCCAUUGAAGCUGCCUUCAACUGGAAUUGAAAGCGAGGUUUCGAACUUGAUCAUUGACAAAUUCUCAUCGUACCCUGAAGGAUUUAAUCUUCACAAAGGUCUUGAACGUACUUUGAAAGGACGACAACAAAUGCUGAAGGAUAAUUCGGUUGAUUGGGCGGUUGGAGAGGCCCUUGCUUUUGGAUCACUCCUCAUCGAGGGUAUUCAUGUUAGAUUGAGUGGUCAAGAUGUGGAGCGCGGAACCUUCUCGCACAGACAUCACGUGCUUCAUGAUCAAAAGGUCGACCAGAGGGUCUACAAUCCGUUGAACGAUCUUCGUGAAGGACAAGCUGAGUACACUGUGUGCAACUCCUCGCUCUCUGAAUACGCUGUCCUUGGUUUCGAACUUGGCUACUCAAUGGUCGAUCCAAACUCAUUGGUCAUCUGGGAGGCUCAAUUCGGAGAUUUCUCGAACACCGCGCAAUGUAUCAUCGAUCAAUUUGUGAGCAGUGGACAGAGCAAAUGGAUUCGACAAUCUGGAUUGGUGAUGCUCUUACCACACGGUUAUGAAGGAAUGGGACCAGAACACUCGUCGGCCCGCCCCGAACGUUUUCUUCAAAUGUGUAACGAAGAUGAUCAAAUUGAUUUGGACAAAGUUGCAUUUGGACCCACUUUCGAAGCUCAGCAGCUCCACGACACAAAUUGGAUCGUUGCUAACUGCACCAACCCAGCAAACAUCUACCAUCUUUUGAGGCGUCAAGUUCUCAAUGCCAUUCCG